GUCUGGCUCCGUUCUGGUCGGGAGACACGGAAGGAACACUGAACUUUUAAAUUGCUUUUAAUCAAAUAAAACCUUGUUCAUUUUUUUAUACUCUCGUCCGUAUGGUUCUUCUGGUACGCUCCCCGAGGUGAUCCUGGGUUUCAGGGCACAAUGGCUGAGUGCACUACAUUUGAUAGUCUGCUGGAAAUGGGCUUCGACAGAAACCGAGCGGAGAAGGCAGUAGCACAUACUGGAAACCAGGGCAUUGAGAGAGCCAUGGACUGGUUAAUGGAGCAUGAGAAUGAUCCAGAUAUAGAUGAGCCUUAUGUUUCGCCCGCUGGAAAUACUCUCGGCACAACAGAAGAACAGAGCCAGUCUCCCACAGAACCUCCUGAACCUAGUGAAGUGGCUGAACAAGAGGGUGAUCCUAAACAACCUAUUUCAGAGGAAGAAAGGAAGGAACAAGUUAAACGACUGGAGGAGUUGAUGAAGAUAAGACAGGAGGAGAAGAGUGAGAGAGAACGAAAGGAGGAAAUAGAAAGAGAGAAGCAGAGGAUGAAACAGGGCCAAGAGCUGCUGCAUGUUAAACAGAAGCUUCAAGACGACGAAAUGAAGAAGCUAGCGGACCAGCGCAGGAGAGAGAAGAUGGAGGACAGGCUUGCCAAGCAGCGAGUUAAAGAAAAGAUUGCACGAGACAGAGAGGAGAGAGCACGAAAGUUUGGAGGUGGUUCAUCAAGCACGGGUUUGUCAUCUCCCCCGUCUGAAGCCCCUCUGCAGUCUCCACCUGAGAACCAAGAGGCUUCUCCUCCUAAGAAAGACUACGAUGACUGUCGGAUACAGGUGCGUCUUCUAGAUGGAUCCACCAUGAGCACCGUGUUCAAGGCUCAGGAGCCUCUGGCUGCUGUGAGAGUCUAUGUUCAGAUGAAUGGAGCAAACGGACAGGAUUUCAACCUCAUCACCCCAUAUCCCAGACGUGUGUUCACAGAUCUAGACAUGGAAAAACCCCUGAGUGAGCUGGCAGGGUGGACUAUUGUAAUGGGCUCCUCACUGGCCUUCCCAAAAAGACCAUUAGACAGCUGCAGCUCAUCCAGAACGCUGCUGCCAGGAUUCUGACGAGAACCAGAAAAUCUGAGCAUAUCACACCAGUCCUCAGGUUUGGUGCCUUCUGCCGUCCUUGUUGUUAUCAAGAAAUGAAGCGAAACCAUUAUAGAAGCAAGCUGUUCUUCCAGACGUCAGCGCAAGUUCUAAAGGAUUUCUCUAUGGAGACUCUAUGAAUCAGUGGACUGCAGUGAUUUCACUUAAAGGACCGAACAAGCAAUGAAGUGAAUUGAUCAAUUUCAUUAAACGUAAACCUGUUGAUAUUGCUUCAUAAAGGGUGAAGUGAGUUUUCACAGUGAUGAACAUUGAGAAGGUGGUGUUUCCAUUCGGUUUUGCGACAUGGAAAAAAAGCCAUUUUCAACGAUAAAAUUUUUCUUACUCGUCUUAGUUUUAAAUUUUAUAUUGGCUAUGGACGUAAAGGCAAAAUAUGUAAAUAAGCAGAAACUUAGAAUAGUCAAUAUCAAGCAUUGGGCUAUACCAAAUUGUAAUAUUCAUGUUUGGAAAAGGGUUUAACAUCACUCCCUCACUCUUUUGACAUUUGCUCUAGUUACGCACUGCUGUGAGUUUCGGAGGAUUGAGGAUGUAUGAGUGGAUCACAUGAAGCACCCCAGACCUCAUCUUUGAAGGGAUGUAAACUGCUAGGGUAGUACUAAUGGUACUGGUUCCAUGGGUUUUGGUAGCCUGUAUACCAUUGCUGCUGAGACACGGGGACAAUAUUUGUAUACAAUACAUACUUCAAAUCGGGAUGCACUUUUGAUCUUUUAAAAGCUUAAAAAAAAAGCCCCCUACAGGGUUAAAUGCAGUGCUUUAACAAUACAAUAUUAAUGUGCUCAUUCAACCCUUUACCUGGCACCAGAUGCCAUAGCUCCCGUAUGAUCCACUCAUGUCUCUGCCCAUCAUAAAGGGAGGGGGUGUUGUCAUGGGAGGCAUUGUGGGUGCCGUCAAGACAGAUGCAUCGUCCAUUUUACUCAUCUUUUCUGGAUCAUCAUUAUCGCUUGAGGAAAAACGCAAGCGCACUUUCAAGAGGAAUUCACAACUGAAUGUAAAAUGGAGAUCGGGGUUCUCUUAGCACUGCUGGUCUCUUUGCAUCAUGUUCCUUCAGUCGCUUCUGGUGCUCCUCCUACAUGCUAAACACAUAACAUACAAGAAAAACAUUAAGAAAGAUUUAAGUACCUAGUAGGUAACCUAGUAAUGCCGAAUCGACACAGGGAAAAAUAGAAAUGUAGUGAAUAAAUACAUUUGUAUAAACGUAAAAACAACUAAUACAUUUGUAAUUUAUCAUAAUAUACACGUUUUAACAGUUGUGCUGAAGUUACUUCCAUUUUGGUUUUUGGGGAGAGAGGAGCAGCGAGAGCUUUGGCCACACACACUGUAGAACCCCACCUACUGUAGAACCCCACCUCCAUUAGUUCCCAGGUCACUUGACAUCCCCAGCUCCAGAAGGUUCUGAUACAAUCUGCCACUAUCCUGAGGAUCCAAAUUCCAGAGUCAUGAAAUACUGCUAGUGUGGUGCACUGUAUGGUGAUCAGUAAUACCAUUCAAAAGGGCUGAUUAUAAUUUAAGAAGUUUUAGAAAGAAGGGUCUUACACUCACCAAAACUGCAUGGUUCUUGCACAGCUUGUGAAGAAAGCAAGCCAGUUUGAGAGAGUAGAAGGAAAUGAGUGGGGGGGGAUUUAAUUUACUCUGCUCCACAGUUUCCUUCAGCAGAGCAUCCACCACAUCCAAAUGUCCUGCUUUCCGCUCCAGACCCCAAUGUUCUCAGACGCACCACAGCCAAACCAGGCAUGGUCAUCUCAACUGAUUCUAUAAUACGCUGGGCCUCUGAAAUAAUGGUAAUAAUGUCGUGUACACAUUCUGCAGUAGCUAUAACAAAUCCACAUUUCACUCAUUGCAUGUCUCACCAUAUUUUGGUUAACCAAUGUUAAAGGGUGCUGUAUGCAGGUUUUGAACUCUACUAAAGCAUAAAAAUACCAUAAUUUGUUUGCAGAUAUUUAAGAAACAUGCCAAGUCAACGUUCUUGUUUAUCUGAAAAACAAUGCUACAGUCAGUUAUUCUCCUUUGAAAACGUACAUUCAGUGAUGUCAAUCUUUGUUUUGGUUUGUGAAACCCACCUACUGUAAACGCUUACCGUUUGUAUUUUGGCACCCCGGUCGCCAAUUGGCAGAAAAAAACAGCGCAUUUCAUUUUAUUCAUCGUCAAGUGCGGUUGUUCCUGUUUGUGUCGUCAAUCUGGCAACCUAGUGUGUCAAGUCUGAGGAGGAGGGGACGGGUAAAGAAACCCUCUCCAAUAUUUUGAAUUUGGACAAAUGGGACACACUUAUUGGAAAAAAAUAAAAUAUUCACAACAGUACAUUAUUUGCAUGUCCUUUGAAGCCUUGCCGGUUAAACCUUUAAUUUGUAUGCUGACGCACUUUUUCAGUGUACACCUGGAGCACAUGCAAACUAAAAUGGUAUGUUUUGCGUGGUAAAAAUAUAUGUUUGGAUUCACUGAUGUCAAGGGAGAUUCUGAUCGGCUGAAAUGUCUUCUUUGCCUGCCACAGGUGAAUGAAAUUUCAGUAGGGCUGUGCAAAAAAAAAUCUAAUGCGAUUUUCAUGCGCAUAUCAUCAGUAAAGACGCUCUUGUAAUUAGUAGUAUAUAUUUCCAGCACGUGCGUUCAGAUCAGGGUUGCCAGGUUUUCACAACAAAUCCUGCCCAGUUGCUUCUCAAAACUAGCCCAAGCGCGUUUCCAGGAGGUUCCCCGAUAAAAAUUUCAAGUUAUUGGGAUUGGGGUUUCUUCGACCCACGAUUUUUUGUAGAUUGUCAGUGAAUUACAGCUCUGUGUAGUAUAUGCCAACCAGUGUUGCCAAGUCUGUGGUUGUUUUUCCAUGUCCGCAGUUUGAAGCGACAAUACCAAUAACGUGAUAUUUAGCCCGUGAAAUGUAAAUGACAGAAUUUUUAUUUUUUGGGUGAACUAACCCUUUAAAGAGGUGGUUCUUCCUCAUUGAUAUUCUGAAACAGUCUUACCUUGUAUCUUGCACAUCUUCUGUUUGAUGCAGCUGUAAUGUUAUUGAACAUGUCUAUUGAAAGUUCAACCCCUAUACUGUGAUAAUGUGCUUUAUUGUCUCAUUUGAUUGUAAAUCUAACAAAUUCUUAAGUAUCUAAUCUCAUCAAUUGUUCAAUUAAAACACUGCAUAUCACUUCCAAAA